AUGUCCUUUGAUGGUGAGGGAUCUGAAAAUCCAGACAAAGAAUACAGAUAUUUGGUUCCUGAGAAAGGAUCGUCCUCUGCCAAAAGGAAAGCUGUUUUUCAUCACGAACCUCCCACAAAACGGUCUAGGGUUUCAGACGAAGGCAGUGUCUCCAGAGAUAACCUGGAUGAGACAAUCAGAGUCUCAAAGAGGUCACGCUCCCCAGAUGGUGAGGGAUCAGAAAGUCCAGCAAAGAGACUCAGACUGUCUGAUUCUGAGAGUCCCUCGCUUUCAGCCAAAGAUCAGUUCGAGGCAAAAUACGAGCAAAAAGAUCAGCUCGGAAAGGGAGGCUGUGGAUCUGUUUAUGGUGGCUACCGCAGGGCAGACAAUUUACCUGUGGCAAUCAAACAUAUACCAAAGGAAAAUGUAGUCUGGACAGAUACGGACGAGAACGGCCAGCAGCUCAGCAUUGAGGUAGCCGCCAUGCUAAAACUCCAGACAGAAUCAGCUGAUUCGGUGGGGAAGUCAGCCCCAAUUUCCCUCCUGGACUGGUAUGACUUCAACCAGGAACAAAUUCUAGUGUUGGAGAGACCAGUGCCUGCAGUGGACCUCUCACAGUUUAUUGAAAAUAACAAAGAGCCCCUACAGGAGAAUCAGGCUAAAACUAUUAUAAAACAGCUGGUUGAUGCCGUCAAACAUCUGGAGGACACCAACAUCUUCCACAGAGACAUUAAACCAAAAAAUAUUCUGAUUGAAACAGGAUCAGAAAUCCCGCGACUGCGACUGAUUGACUUUGGACUGAGUUGUUUCACCAACACAGAAUAUGAAGACGGCUGGUUCUACGGCACAGCGAAACACGCCCCUCCUGAGUAUAUUUCUGAAUGCAGUUAUGAGGCAGGACCAGCAACCGUGUGGCAGCCCAGGGUGGCGUCCCACCUUAAAGGAGCUCCAGUGUCACCCUUGGCUUUUGUAAAACAGAAACUAGUCUUCAAAGCUCUGGACCCAAUUCUCCAGCUCUGGACGUACCCUACAACCCUAACAUGUUCAACCAGAACUUUGCUUUAUGACAUCAUCAUCUUCAUCAUCAUCAUCAUCAAUUCCAUCAUCAGCAUUCAGUUCUCAGUGACGCACCGUCAGAGACAGUCGUGUUUGCUCGUUGUUCGAUAG